AAAUAAUAAGACCGGCAGAAGGAAGCGGAGGAGAAAGAACCGAGGAAGAGGAGAAACGAAUUGAAGGCGCAGGUGGGACCGAGAGGAGAUCUAUCGAGAAGGGGAGGGAUGGGGGUGAAGCAGUGCGAGCUGUGCGAUCGGCCGGCGAGGAUGCUGUGUGAGUCGGACCAGGCGAGCCUGUGCUGGGAGUGCGAUGCCAGGGUACACGGCGCCAAUUUCCUGGUGGCACGCCACACCAGAUGCCUCCUCUGCCGGAGCUGCCAGUCGCCCACGCCAUGGCGGGCGGAAGGUGCCAGGCUGGGCCCCACCGUCACCGUCUGCGAGCGGUGUGCCGCUGCCGAUGGCGCGGAGGACGGCGACGGAGGCCAGGGGAAAGGAUGCGGCGUUGACGACGAGGGGGGAGAGGGGAAAGGGGAAGAACGGGAGGUGGAUGAGGACGAUGACGAAGAGGACGAUGGCGACGAAGGAGAGGAGGAUACGGACGCGGACGCGGACGACGACGAGGGGGACGACGACGACGACGACGACGAGGGGGAGAACCAGGUGGUGCCGUGGUCGAUGACGCCGCCCCCUGUGGCCAGCUCGUCGAGCGGCGAGGAGUCGGGUCGGAUGGGGAAUGGCGGUGGCUUCUUGAAGCGGAUGCGGGAGAAUGUCGAUCUCGGCGUCUCACAGGAGGCGACCUAUCGCGCAUUGACCCCCGCGGCGGCAAACGACGAGGCCACCUCCUUCGGUUCCGCCUCCCGGUCCUCCAAUGACCGCAAGAGACCUGCCCUUCUCCGCCUCAGCACCGCCGAGCCAUCGUUCUCAUGAGUCCGCCUCCUGUCUUCCUCCGAUCCAAGUGAGUUCAGCACCUUGUAGUGAUCAAAGUCUCAUCAUUUACAUCCUUGAAUUCUGUUCUUAGGACUAAUGAUUCCCAAAAUCCCAUCAUUUUGGAGACGCAAAUCCACACGAGGAUCGAGAAGAUUAGAUUGCAGUGUGCAGCUAGCUAACUACAGAGUGUUAUGAUGAGCUAACUCAAAAGACUAGUCAUGGUAGACACCUUAUAGAUCGAUCCUCUCUAGGUUUGAACUCAGCAGAUCUCAGGGGGUUGCAGAACUUAAUCACUGAAGUGCUAUUUUUCUUCUGGUUCACUGGAUUUCAGCAGUUAUAUCACAGAUCAUACAUGUUGUUGGAUUCAUUCUAUCAAAACAGUAUGAUGCAUCAGGAGUUCCUCCUUGAUUUCCACCAUAACAAGUAUAACAAGUUUCAGUAAGAUUUAUCAGCUAUGAACAUCUCCACAGUGAGCAGCUGCGUGCUAUCAGGGAAUACACAUGCAGACAAGUACUGCGAAGGAUGCUGCAGGUGCUGCUUCAUCAGUGAAGAAACAGCUCUAAUAUGCUGGUCCUUGUUAGAAUAACAAGUUACAGAAGUUGGCUUGGCCAGUGGUUACUGUCCCUCUUCAUCUUGGAGAGGUUCCAUGACUGAAACUUUGAGUUGUUUCAGGUAUCUGACAUGAGUAAUUCAACCUAGGUAGAGGAUCACUGCUCCUUCUACUUCCAAAAAAGAGUCAGAUAACCCAAAUUUUGUGCCAACAAUAAGAUAGCAACCACAGCUCUAACAGUCUCACAAAUUCAAAGGAGAUAAACAAUGCGUAGCCCAUGAUUCUCUCGACAUUGGCCAGUGAGAAGAACUCUUGAAAUCAGAGCUUAAUUUCUCCUUCCUGCAAUGCCCUUUAAGUAGAGUCAUGAAUUUUCCAUGUGUUUGUGUGUGUGAAGGGAGAGUGAUGAUAUUAUAUAAUCCAAGACAAGGGACAUGAGCCUCUACACGCUGAGAAGAAAGAAAUGCCUGUUACAAAUAGAGAUUUCUUGCAGAUCUAGAAAACAAUGUUCUUUUCUCUAUUUGAAGAAUGAUUUUGUCCUUGAAGAUAUCAGAUAUGAACUCUGAGAUCAACAAGCAAGUUUAGUUUGGUCAUCAGUGACAAGUUGGAGCACUCUCUACAUUCUUGAACAGUCCAGCACUAGACCAAUUCCCCAUAAGCUUAUUGGUCAAACACUUUAUGGGGGAUAUCUUCACAUUAGUUACUGAAUGUCAAUUUCCAGACACAGGAACCUCUCUUUUCCUUGUAUCUAAUCUUUGAAGAAAAGGCCCAUCUUAUCUUCUCUACCAGCCUAAACUACUGAUGAUUGCAACUGCUCUUUCAGAUGCUUGUGUGAUAAAUCCAAACCGGCCAAUUUGUCUUGAAGCAGCCAUCGCUCUCUAAGAAAACCCUGUUUUCUUUGAUUUCACUAUCCGGCUUACAAAUGAGAAUGAUAUUGCUGACAGAAACUUGGACUUCUUUUCCAUGAAUGAAUGAGUUGCUUCAUUCCUUCUGCUGGAGAAUGAUCUGUGUAUGGUUGGAAGACUCUCUCUUUUACCCAUAAGGAAAAUUCACAUCUCACUUAGUUAAAAACCAUGUCUCUUAUUAUCUUUCUCUCUUAAUCUGUCAUGUUUUAUUCUGAUGUGAAGAUUAAUGAAUUCAGAAGGGGAAGAAAAAAAGAACUGUUGCCUUA